UCACACGCUCCUAAAGUCUACCUUUGUAAAGUAUGUGUGUCCCUUGGCAGUGAGUUCUUCUUCUAGCAACAACAACAACAGCAGCAGUAUCAGUAUCAGCGUCCUCUUCCUCGUUCUACCUCCUCCAGCAGCCGCCAUGAAAAUAGCAUCUUUCAACAUCCAGAAGUUUGGAAGGAACAAAGUGUCCGACCCAGAAAUCCUUCAAAUUCUGGUCCAGAUUAUCCGACGCUAUGACAUCAUCGUGAUCCUGGAGGUGGUGGAUAUCAGCGGGAUGUCGGUCCAGACCCUCAUGGAUGCACUCAACACGUCCAACGCGGCCCAUCACUACACUCUGAAGAUCAGCUGUCGCUUGGGACGGUCCCGCUACAAGGAGCAGUUCAUGUUCCUUUACAGGGAUGACUUGGUGGACCUGGUGGGCUCCUACCAGUUUGAUGACCAGUUGAUUGAUGGCGGGGACGUUUUCGCCAGGGACCCUUACAUCCUGCGAUUCCGAUGCCACAACACAGUGCUGAAGGACCUGGUGAUGAUCCCCGUUCACACCAAACCACAGGACUCGGAGACUGAGCUGGAUGAACUUUUUGACGUCUUUCAGCACGUGAAGGCCAAGUGGAGGACAGAUAACGUGAUGAUCCUGGGCGACUUCAACGCAGACGGCGCGUACGUCUCAGAACGCGACAUGCAGAGCAUCCGCAUCCGCUGCGACAGGAACUUCCACUGGCUGAUCGGAGACGACGUGGACACCACGGCGAGCACCGCAAACGCACACACGUACGACAGGAUCGUCGUCUACGGAGACGACAUGUUCCACGCUGUUGUGCCCAACUCUGCCCGACCCUUCAACUUCCAGAAAGCGUUCAAUCUCAGCAAUGAGCAGGCGUUGAAGGUCAGCGACCAUUACCCUGUAGAAGUUGAGCUCAAGUCUCUGACGGAACCACGACAGGAAACUCAAGGUCUACUGCUGGAUGGAGAGCUGCUGGAGAUGAAAAAGGGGAACCUGCUGCUGGAGAGGGAGAAGCUCAACCUGGAGAUCCAAAUCCUUCAGAUGAAGCUGGCCAAGAUGACGCGUGGAGAUAAACAGACAGAUGAACAGACGUCUUCCAGCUGCAAGAUGUUGUGAAAUACUCUGCUGGGUGUUUUGGACUAUUGACUUCCUGGUUUGGAAGUCACCAUGGUGACCUUUAGUGGCCAGUCAUGUGAUGCUAUGCUAUGACACACUGAUUCAGUUGAACACUAUUCAUCUGGUGCAGCUACGAUAUUAGAUAACUCAAUAUCUAAGGAAACAAAGUACAAUAGUAGAUAGGUUCCCAUCAAAAGAGAUAUUUAAAAGAUAUAUAAAAGUUGUAGAUGCAUAAUUGUGACUAUUUGACCAAAAUACAUAAUGUAGGAAAGGGAAAUCACUGUGAGGAAGAAGUGAUUCCCAAAGUGUGGGUCGCAGUCCUCUGAUGGGUCAUGGUGGUACUCCAGGUGGGCCAUGAGAGGUCAUUAAAAUUGAUUAAUUUUUGCAAAUACAAUUUUUAAAAUUCUUUUUAUUGUAAAAUAUUUAUUAUAUUUAUUAUUUCUGUAUUAAGAUAUUUUAAAUCCACCGAUUAAAAGAUAAUUUGAAACUAGCCUAUUAAAACAAUAUGUAUUUUGGUCAAAUAAUCACAAGAACUUAUUGUUAAAAGAAUAUGGCACUACACUGCAAACAUGUUAGCUUUAGCUCCUUUCACACUGCCCAUAAAUGGCAGCUUUUUACUGGGGGGGUGACGUCUAUGUAACCCCCUUUCCAAUUUCAGUAGUAGUACUGCAUCAGGGAUGUAAAAGAUGCUAUGAUAAACAUCUACAAUUGUCCGAUGGUUGCUGCCCCCCAUAGGUGUUUUCCUUAUUCUGACCUACAAGGUACUCUAUUCAUUUCAAUCAUUUUGUAUCUCAAUAAAUUAAAAAAUUAAUUGAAACAACUUUUUGGGAUGAUUUCAAAUCAUUUUAUUGGUGUCUCCAUUUACAAUAUAUACCAUAAAAAUGUCAACUUGAUUCCUUUUAACCGAUUAUUCCCAUAUCUACACCC